AUGGUCCCUGAUGUCUUUCCAUUGCCUGGCGUUGUCCACGGCAAUCGCGUUGUAGCUACCAUCAUCGAGACCCGAGCGAAAGCCGGCGCCAACACGCAGCCCUGGGUCUCUGUCCCGAUCGAUGACAAUGACAUUUCUUCCGGGUACAGAGAUGUCAGUUUCCAACAACUGAACAAUGCGGCAAACCACGCAGCUCGAUGGCUAAGUCAAGCUCUUCCAGCUACGUCGGAACCCUUUCAAUAUUUCGCCUACGCCGGCCCCAAGGAUCUGCGGUAUCCGUGCCUCGCAGUCGCAGCGGCAAAGCUUCAGAAAGUGAUGGUUCUUCCAUCGCCGCUGCUCACACUGGGGGCUCAGCUGCGGGUUCAGGAAAAGACAAAUUGUAAGCUAUACCUCCGGCCGUCGGAAAUGGCUGGGCCAGCCAGUAAUAUUCUGCGAAACGCGCCUCAUGUUGAACAAAUUACGGCCUCUGGAAUUGAGGAGUUUUUCCGGGAUGAUGAAGCAGACCCUAUGGUUUAUAGUAAGACAUGGGAUGAAGGAAAAGAGGAUCCUUGGCUGGUGUUCCAUACCUCGGGAACGACAGGACAUCCAAAGCCGGUGACAUAUUCGCAACAGAUGAUGGCCACCCCCGAUACCGCGGCUUCUCUGCCAGAUUUUAAACCAAGCCAAAUUCAUCAAUCGGCUCAAGCACGAUACUACACACCUUUGCCCGCUCUGCAUACGCAGUUCAUAGGCAUGUUCGUAACUCUUGGCCUGACUACUGGCCACCAUACAACAUGUGUAGUUGGGCCUCCCAUUCCCCCAAACCCCAAACUGCUGAUCAAUAUUAUCCGCUACAGAAAGGAUGACUAUGUCUAUCUAGUGCAUGGGGAUGGAAUCCACGCUGCCCUCCUGGAAGAAGAAAUCGUCGCGCAUCCGAGCGUCAAGGCAGCGGUUAUUGGCGGCUUUGGACGUCCGGUCCCUGUUCUUCUGGUGGAGUUAGUCCCCGCUGCGGAGGCGGAUGAUGUUGAUGCGCUGAAAAGGAGCCUCGAACCCUAUAUUGAGAAAGCCAAUGUGCAUUGUCAUGACGUUGUGAAGCUUUCCUCUGAGCGACUGAUCGUUGCCAAGAAAGGGAAACCGUUUGUCACGACACUUAAGGGAAAUGCAUUGAGGUUGCAGACUUUGGAGCUGUAUGAGGAGGAAAUGCAUUGA